AUGUCUGAGAUAGAGGAAAGCUUCCAGCGAAUUAGUCAGCGACCGAACGUAACGGGAAUCAUAGUGGUGAAUAAUGAAGGAACGCCAAUAAGGAGUACCAUUGAGGACACUGCCACACAAAAUCAGUAUGCGCAUCUUAUCACGGCCUUAGCCGCAAAGGCACGUCAUUGCGUUAGAGAUCUAGAUCCAACGAAUGACAUUUGCUUCUUGCGCAUAAGGAGCAAAAAGAACGAAAUCAUGGUCGCUCCGGACAAGGAUUUCACCCUAAUUGUAAUUCAACGAUUUUCAGAUGUUUGA